AUGGCUCAAAGACCUCCCUCGUGGGCGCCUUCGCCGUCGUACAGCCCGUUGAAGCUGGAAGGCGGCUACGUCUAUGAGUCCGAACCUGCGCGGCAUCCGCAUCCAAUGAGCAUGAACUCGCAGCCCAGGCCAGUCAAGCGCGAGCACCAGCCCGAAUAUUAUCAACCCGAGUACCAACAGGCUCAGUACUAUCGCCAAGACUAUCACCAUCAUCACGAAUACCACCAACCGCCUUCGCCAGUCUACCACCAAUCACAACAGUACCAGCAUUACCAACCACUACCGCACCAACCCGCGCAGCUCACAGACCCAUACAGGUCGGCACCCAUGCCUAGGUAUCCCCAGGAACCGCCCCGCGAAUCGCCGACUUCAGCCUCAACUGGUGAGCCCUACGACGAGUACCAGGCGGCGAGAGAAGCACACUUCCUCAAGCGUAACCAGCCCCCGCAAAUGCCGCAGAUUCCGCAAGGCGCGCCGCGCGUGCUGAACGACACGUACCAAGGAAAGGUCGCCAUCCCCUUCACGCCACCGAGUUUGAGGAUCCCUGCGCAGCGACCCGGUUCUGCCAUGCCGGUGGCUGGAGCGUCGUGGAGCGCCACCAGUCAGUCGGACAGGCUCAAGAUCGAGGACCUCCUGAGCGGUGGAGGCAACGAUCUGAGGACGGUCCAGCGCGCUCCGGAGCCAGACGUCAAGGUGGUGAACAACGAGUACGAGAUUUUCUUUCGCCAACAGCCCAUGGCGGCGCGGUGCUGUGGCUACGGCGAAAGAGACCGGAGAGUGAUUGACCCGCCGCCCAUUGUCCAGCUGAAGAUUAACAACCCCGAUCUCACGCCCGACGAGCUGUAUCAAAGGAUCCACCACCCAGCCUACGUUGUCCACUGCAGUAUCUGGAACGAGGAAGGGACCGUCGACAGCACCAACAUGCCCGAUGACGUGGCGAGGCCGGGUAAGCGCAUCAUGGGUUCGCUCGUGUCGUCGCCCUUUGUGGGCCAGGAUGAGAACGGCGAGGAGGGCUGCUUCUUCUGCUUCCCUGACAUGUCGGUCCGCACACCGGGCCACUACCGCCUCAAAUUCGUCCUGGUCGUCGUCGAUCCCGCCCACAGGUCGUUGCGGGCGCCCAUCAGAUCAAGUAUCAUGAGCGCCGUCUUCACCGUCUACAGCGCCAAGGACUUCCCCGGCAUGCAGGCUAGCACCCCUCUUACGAAGCGUCUUAAGGAGCAGGGUUGUCUCAUCUCCAUCAAGAAAGGCAACGAAAAGUCUGGCGGAAAGAAUGCGCGCCGGCAGCAGGACGACAGCGAAGAAGAGGAGGAAGAGGAGGAGGAAGCCGGGACAUCGGCCAAGCGCAAGAAGACACGGAAGCAGAAGUGA